AUGAUAGCAAUAUUAUUCUUUAUUGCCUUAAAUAACCAGACGGGCAAACAAUCCGGAUAUUUAUAUAAAAUUUUCGAACUUGUUCCUUAUUUGACUAAUUUAGUUGUUCAACUGGACGUAUCGCAGUUUGAAAGAAGUGUUGACGAAAGAAUUGUUGAAGCUCCGGAGGAGACAUUACGCAAUUCAGGCGGAGAACAUGAACUUUCGAAUAUCGACGUUGAGACAAAUGAAAUCGGAUUAGAGUUAAUUUUGGGAUAUGUUAGUAUAUAG